AUGGUACGAGAUUGUUUUAAAGAAAAUGAUUGGCAAAAUGUAAGACUCAAGCUCAUUGGAACAAGGGAUAAGGAUGGUAGAAUAUUUAACUUGCCCACGACUGAAGAAAUUGCUGCAUCAAUAAUUGGUGAUUUUGAUGUAGCAUUUGAUAAAAGGGGUAUCAUAGUUCAAAGCAAAUCAGCCGGUCUUCAGAGAAUUAGUGAGCUUCAUCCCUCUUAUCUUGCAUUGCAAUAUCCUCUUAUCUUCCUGUAUGCAGAAUCUGGAUUUAGACUUGGUAUUAAACAUCGAGGUGUUUCAGUUGAUUGUGAUAUAUUUAGAACCAGCACCACAAUGAGAGAAUUUUUUAGUUACAUAAUACAAGACCGGCCCAACCAAUUUUCGUUGUUACUCAAUGCCCAAAAGCUAUUCCAACAGUUUCUGGUUGAUGCGUAUACAAUGAUAGAAUCUGCACGGUUAGCUUACAUAAAGUCACAAAAACCCAAACUUAGAACUCAAACCUUUAAAAAUUUAAAUCAAAGUGUUGAAAGUGGAGAAAGCGAUGAGUCAAAUUGUGGGAAACGAAUUUUGUUGCCUUCAUCAUUUACUGGCGGAUCUAGAUAUAUGAUGCAAAAGUACCUAGAUGCUAUGGCAAUCUGCAAAGCUGUAGGAUAUCCAGAUCUCUUCAUAACAGUCACUUGUAAUCCCAAUUGGCCUGAGAUUUAUAGGUGUUUAAAAGACAAACGGUUGGACCCUCAAGAUAGACCGGAUAUUAUCUCACGGUUAUUUAAAAUUAAAAUCAAUCAUCUAAUUCAAGAUUUCAAGAAACAUAAAUUCUUUGGUGAGAUACAAGCAAGUAUUUAUACAAUCGAAUUUCAGAAACGUGGUCUACCUCAUGCUCAUAUAUGUUUGUUCUUAAGUGCCGAUAGCAAGUUUCCAACUGCUAAAGAAAUUGAUUUGGUUAUUAGUGCUGAAAUACCUGACAAAGAGACGGAUGCUGAACUGUAUGAACUUGUCAAACAGUUUAUGAUCCACGGUCCUUGUGGUACAGACAAUCCUCAUUGUCCAUGCAUGGCUAAGAACAAAUGUUCAAAGAAGUUUCCGAAAAAGUUUGUAGUUCCGUACAAUCCUAUGCUACUCAAAAAGUAUCAGUGCCACAUAAAUGUUGAGUGGUGUAACCAAACAGGAUCCAUCAAAUAUUUGUUCAAAUACAUUAAUAAGGGUCCGGAUAGAGUCACAGCUUCUGUUUACCAAACUACCACAACUGGUAAUGUGAACAAGGAAAAUGAGGAAAUGACAAAUAAACAAAAGCUGUCAAACAAAAAAGAAGUAGAUGAAGUUAAAGAAUAUCUUGAUUGUAGAUAUAUUUCAGCGUGUGAAGCUGCUUGGAGAAUCUUCAAGUUUGACAUACACUAUCGAGUUCCAUCUGUUGAAAUAUUGCCUUUUCAUUACGAAGAUGGUCAGGCUAUUGUUUAUGAUGAUAAUUCAAACUUGUGUGACGUGGUCAGUAACCCAACUGUGAAAAUGACUAUGUUCACAGAAUGGAUGAAAUGUAACCAAAUGGAUCCAUUUGCUAGAACAUUGAAGUAUAUAGAGUUUCCCAGAUACUUUGUAUGGAUACGCAAAGAACGAAAGUGGAUGCGUAGAAAACAACCUUUUGGUGCAGUUGGUAGGAUACAUUAUGUACCUCCAUCCCUUGGUGAUUGUUAUUUCUUGAGAAUUUUAUUGAAUCACGUUAUAGGACCAGUGAGUUUUGAUGAUAUAAGAACAGUUGAUGGAAAAAUUUACGAUACCUUUAAAGAUGCAUGUUUCGCUCGCGGUCUGUUGGACGAUGAUAAUGAGUAUAUAGUUGCCGUCACGGAAGCAUGCGCAUGGUCCACUUCUGAUUUCUUACGUACAUUUUUUGUAAUGCUAUUGAUGUCAAACACCAUUUCUAGGCCUGGUCAUUUCUGGACACAAACAAAAUCUCUAUUGUGUGAAGACAUAUUAUAUCAGCAACGGAGAAUUACUGGUAUUCCUGAUCUGGUUCUUCCAGAGGAAGAGAUUGAAAACAUUUGCUUAUCACAUAUCGAAAAAUUGUUACUUGCUUAUGGAAGUACGUUAGGCAACUUUUCUGACAUGCCAAAUGUUCCUGACAACUACAUUUCAGCAUUGAACAACCAAAUGAUAAUGAAAGAACUUUCGUAUGAUCGGGCUACCUUAAAAAAGGAACUUGCAUCUUACUUAAAAUCUUUAACUGAUGAACAACUUAAAGUGUAUGAAACCGUCAUGAAUGCAGUUGCUAAAGGAAAUGGAGGUGUUUUCUUUGUAUAUGGUUACGGUGGAACUGGUAAAACAUUUCUCUGGAAAACAUUUGCAGCUGCCUUACGUUCCAAAGGUGAAGUUGUCUUAAAUGUUGCAUCCAGUGGUAUUGCAUCAUUUCUAUUAGAUGGCGGUAGAACGGCUCAUUCCAGGUUUGUAAUUCCGAUAAACGUUAACGAGGAUUCCAUAUGUUCUAUAGAACCGAACAGUGAGCUACGAGGAUUAAUAAAAGAAACUAAUAUGAUAAUCUGGGAUGAAGCACCAAUGACACAUAAGCAUUGUUUUGAAGCUCUGGAUAGAACAAUGAGAGAUAUAGCACGUUCCAAUAAUCCAUCCUUGCAAAGCAAGCCUUUUGGUGGAAAGAUAGUUCUUUUUGGCGGUGAUUUUAGACAAAUCCUUCCUGUCAUUCCAAAAGGUAGCAGAAGCAUGAUUGUAAAUUCUUCAUUGAAUUCUUCUUAUAUAUGGUAG